AUGUUUCUAUUGAAGAAGGCGUUAAAGGACCCGAACACAGCAGAAGCGUCGAUCUCCAAGGUUUUGCCGAUUUCCGAGCACUCCUCGAGCUGUGACGCCUCUGAGUGCCACAAUCGUUACUCGGCAUCGUGCUUCAAGUUGUCGCCAGAUGGGGCCAAUACUCCGCUCUGGGAGACCGCGUCUGUUCCUGAUUUGCACGUGCUGGUGUCUUCGGGAAAGACUGACUGGCAAAGAGACCCGUUCGAUGCUCCAGGCACGAUUCUUGAGCAUGUCUCGAAAACGAUCAAAGGACCAAUAGCACGUGACUUCAAGUUCGACACGAUGCUAAGCACAACGUCUCUGGCGCUGAACGAGCAGGAGUUUGCGGCCUACAGCAACCAGGAGAAAUGCGAUGUGCUGCUGAUGCCCUACUUUGUGUGGAUACGCGGGAUUACAAAGGAGAACUGCGAGGCAGUGUUCAAAGAAGUGAUUGGAUCUUUUUUGAGUGGAAAAGCCAUCGCGGCCGAAUUCCGGGGAUGUGCCAUAACUAAGGACGAGUCCAAGUCGUUUGUGCUUUUGUGCUCCCACCGCACAAGGGACAAGAAGUGCGGCAUCACCGCUCCAAUCAUGAAGAAAGAGUUCGACUCCCAGCUCCGGGAUCUGGAGCUGUACAGAGAUCCUGGCGACGAUAGACCGGGAGGAGUCCAGGUGGUGUUUGUCAACCACGUUGGAGGUCACAAGUACGCCGCCAACGUGCUCAUAUACAACCACGGCGGCGAGGCUGUCUGGUUUGCCAGGUGCACUCCACUCAACGUGAAACCAAUCUUGGACGAAACCGUUCUUCAAGGUAAGGUGUUUCCUGCUUUGGUCAGAGGAGUGAAGAACUUCGACGUGACCUGGUGA